UCCUUGUCCCCGCCCCCCAGCCCGUACUGAGCCAUGGCGGAAGUGAGUAGACGUCAGCAUGCUCGGGUUAAAGGAGCAGCCCCCCCGGGGUCCCCAGCACACAGGGAUGAGGCUCUGCGGAUGGAGGCCGAAACGAUGAGCGUCUUUACCAAGCUGCUGGCGGCCGGAUUCUACGGCGUCAGCUCCUUCCUGAUCGUGGUGGUGAACAAGAGUGUGCUGAGCAGCCACAGGUUUCCCUCUUCGCUAUGUGUUGGUCUUGGCCAGAUGCUGGCGACUGUGGUUGUGCUCUGGGUGGGAAAGGCUCUGAGGGUGGUGAAUUAUCCAGACUUCGACAGGCACAUACCUCGAAAGACUUUUCCACUACCUCUCCUGUAUUUCGGCAAUCAAAUCACAGGAUUGUUCAGCACGAAGAAGCUAAACCUCCCCAUGUUCACAGUUCUCCGCCGUUUCUCAAUUUUGUUUACAAUGAUGGCCGAGGGCUUUCUACUCAAGAAGAAGUUUUCUCGCAGUAUUCAGAUGACAGUAUUCGCUAUGAUUUUAGGGGCAUUUAUCGCUGCCAGUACUGAUCUGGCAUUUGACCUUGAAGGUUACAUAUUCAUCCUGGUUAACGAUGUUUUGACAGCGGCCAAUGGGGCUUAUGUAAAGCAGAAGCUGGAUUCCAAGGAACUUGGAAAGUAUGGCUUGCUGUAUUACAGCGCAUUGUUCAUGAUUGUCCCCACGUUGGCCAUCGCUAUAAUGACCGGGGAUAUCCAGAAGGCUUUGGAGUAUGAAGGUUGGACGAACAUGUUCUUCGUAUUUGAGUUUACACUUUCCUGUGUAAUGGGAUUUGUUUUAAUGUACUCCACGGUUCUCUGCACCCAAUAUAAUUCUGCUCUGACAACCACAAUAGUAGGAUGUAUAAAGAAUAUCCUAAUCACGUACAUCGGAAUGUUCUUUGGAGGAGAUUACAUAUUCACAUGGACAAACUUCCUAGGGUUAAAUAUCAGUAUUGCCGGCAGCUUGGUCUACUCAUACAUUACGUUUACAGAAGAGCACAUGAACAAACCGUCGGAGCCCAUCGGCAAACUGGACAAUAAGGGGAAGAGCGCGGUGUAAGCGCACACCUCCCCCCUCAUGAGUGACGCGUGGCGAGCACAUCACGGACUUGCGCUUGCACGCCAAGCUAUUGCUAAUUUGCACAAAUCAAUUGAAAUGAUGCCUUUUUAUAUAUUUUAGAAUUGUUUUUAGCGAACAAACCUAUUUAAUUCCGAAAGCUGUAAAAGAAGUGUUUUUUUUUUUUUAAUCCACUCUAAACAAGCAUUUCAGUGUGACCUGGGACAACACGGCUGGUCGCGUCGCUUUGUUGUGCCAAUUUUUUUUUUUUGGUAUGAAGAUGGUGUUUAAGGCCUUUUUAGGGUGUAUAGAAGCUGCAGGCUUAAUUCUGGUUUAUGGGCGCUGCUACAGAUGAGACUUUUUUUUUUUUAAUGUGGCUGUAGAUUGUUGCAGAGGUGACUUUAGUCAAUGAUGAUCAACCCCUGCUGCAUAGAAAUUGUUCAGCGAGCUGUGUGCCAACAUGGCACCAGUGACCUUCUGGUGCCACUGAAGGAUCCAGUGUUGAAGGCUUGCACAAUUCCUUGCUGGGGUCUGUAAUGGAGUAUUUGAUAGAAGUGGAGCACCACACCAAAUAUAGAGUAAGACCCCUUUCACACUGAGGAGUUUUUCAGGCGGUAUAGCGCU